GCAUGCGUGUGUGAUUCGAGGCCAGGUGAUGACGGCAGAUGGAACCCCUCUGGUUGGAGUGAACAUCAGCUUUGUCAACAAUCCUCUGUUUGGAUACACAAUCAGCAGACAAGAUGGCAGCUUUGAUCUCGUUACCAUUGGUGGAAUCUCCAUUAUCCUGCACUUUGAACGGGCUCCCUUCAUCACCCAGGAGCACACACUGUGGUUGCCAUGGGAUCGCUUCUUCGUGAUGGAAACCAUAGUCAUGAGGCAUGAAGAGAAUGAAAUCCCAAGCUGUGAUCUCAGUAACUUCGCCCGGCCCAACCCUGUGGUCUCCCCAUCUCCACUGACAGCUUUUGCAACUUCCUGCUCAGAGAAAGGUCCUAUUGUUCCUGAAAUCCAGGCUCUACAGGAGGAGAUUAAUGUUUCCGGCAGUAAAAUAAAAGUGAGUUACCUGAGCAGUCGCACAGCUGGCUACAAAUCAGUCCUGAGGAUCAGCAUGACCCACCCCACCAUCCCCUUCAACCUCAUGAAAGUCCACCUCAUGGUGGCUGUUGAGGGUCGCCUCUUCAGGAAGUGGUUUGCAGCAGCUCCAGACCUGUCCUAUUAUUUCAUCUGGGAUAAGACAGACGUCUACAGCCAGAAGGUGUAUGGGCUCUCAGAAGCCUUCGUUUCAGUAGGUUAUGAGUAUGAAUCCUGUCCAGACUUGAUCCUGUGGGAGAAGAGGACAGCUGUGCUUCAGGGUUAUGAAAUUGAUGCUUCCAAACUUGGAGGAUGGUCCUUGGACAAACACCAUGCCCUCAACAUACAAAGUGGCAUCUUGCACAAAGGAAAUGGGGAAAACCAGUUCAUUUCCCAGCAGCCACCUGUAAUUGGAAGCAUUAUGGGCAAUGGCCGUAGACGUAGUAUCUCUUGUCCAAGCUGCAAUGGUCUGGCAGAUGGGAACAAACUCCUGGCUCCUGUUGCCCUAACAUGUGGGUCUGAUGGAAGUCUUUAUGUUGGAGAUUUCAACUACAUCCGAAGGAUCUUUCCCUCUGGCAAUGUCACCAACAUACUGGAGCUGAGAAAUAAAGAUUUCAGACAUAGCCACAGCCCAGCUCAUAAGUAUUACUUGACCACAGAUCCAAUCACUGGCUCCAUCUACCUCUCCGACACCAACAGCCGGCGUAUCUAUAAAAUCAAGUCAACCACAUCAGUGAAAGACAUUGUGAAGAAUUCAGAGGUCCUGGCUGGAACUGGGGAUCAGUGCCUCCCGUUUGAUGAUACCCGCUGUGGAGAUGGAGGCAAGGGCACUGAUGCCACACUUACAAAUCCCAGGGGCAUCACCGUGGACAAGUUUGGGCUGAUUUACUUUGUGGAUGGCACUAUGAUCAGGCGGAUUGAUCAGAAUGGGAUCAUCUCAACUGUGUUGGGUUCCAAUGACUUGACAUCUGCUCGGCCUCUCAGCUGUGACUCUGUCAUGGACAUUUCUCAGGUUCGUCUAGAAUGGCCCACGGAUCUGGCAGUCAAUCCCAUGGAUAACUCACUCUACGUCCUCGACAAUAACGUUGUGUUACAGAUCUCUGAGAACCACCAAGUGCGCAUCGUGGCAGGGAGGCCCAUGCAUUGCCAGGUGCCAGGCAUGGAUCACUUUCUCCUUAGCAAGGUGGCAAUCCAUGCUACACUGGAGUCUGCCACUGCCCUGGCUGUCUCACAUAACGGGGUCCUGUAUAUUGCUGAGACUGAUGAGAAGAAGAUCAACCGCAUCAGGCAGGUCACCACCAAUGGAGAGAUUUCUCUCGUCGCUGGUGCACCAAGCAGCUGUGACUGCAAGAAUGAUGCUAACUGUGACUGCUUUUCAGGGGAUGAUGGCUAUGCCAAGGAUGCCAAACUCAAUGCACCAUCUUCCCUUGCGGUGUGUGCAGAUGGGGAGCUGUAUGUGGCUGAUCUUGGAAAUAUCCGAAUCCGCUUUAUUCGGAAAAACAAGCCAUUCCUCAACACUCAAAAUCUCUAUGAGUUAUCCUCACCCAUAGACCAGGAACUCUACUUGUUUGACACCAGUGGGAAGCACCUUUAUACUCAGAGCCUUACCACUGGAGAUUAUCUUUACAAUUUUACUUAUUCUGGAGAUGGAGAUAUAACCCUGAUCACUGACAAUAAUGGCAACUUGGUCAAUAUCCGAAGAGAUUCCACAGGGAUGCCCCUCUGGCUGGUGGUGCCUGAUGGCCAAGUCUACUGGGUGACAAUUGGCACCAAUAGUGCACUCAAGAGUGUAACAACACAGGGGCAUGAAGUAGCCAUGAUGACUUACCAUGGCAACUCUGGUCUCCUUGCCACUAAAAGCAACGAAAAUGGCUGGACAACAUUUUAUGAGUAUGACAGCUUUGGCCGCCUGACCAAUGUGACCUUCCCUACUGGCCAAGUGAGCAGCUUCCGCAGCGAUACCGACAGCUCUGUGCAUGUCCAGGUGGAAACCUCCAGCAAGGAUGAUGUUACAAUAACAACCAAUUUGUCAGCAUCAGGAGCCUUCUACACCCUGCUUCAAGACCAAGUCCGAAACAGCUAUUACAUUGGUGCUGAUGGCUCUCUCAGACUGAUGCUCGCUAAUGGCAUGGAGGUGGCCCUGCAAACUGAGCCACAUCUGCUGGCUGGCACCGUCAACCCCACAGUGGGGAAGAGGAAUGUCACCCUGCCCAUUGACAACGGGCUCAAUCUCGUGGAGUGGAGGCAGAGGAAAGAGCAAGCAAGAGGGCAGGUCACCGUCUUUGGGCGUCGGCUGAGGGUUCACAACAGAAACCUGCUGUCCCUUGACUUUGAUCGUGUGACAAGGACAGAAAAAAUCUAUGAUGACCACCGCAAGUUCACGCUCCGCAUCCUCUAUGACCAAGCAGGGAGGCCCAGUCUCUGGUCACCCAGCAGCAGACUGAACGGGGUCAAUGUCACCUAUUCCCCAGGAGGACACAUUGCAGGGAUUCAGAGGGGCACAAUGUCAGAAAGGAUGGAGUAUGAUCAGUCUGGCAGAAUUACAUCCAGGAUCUUUGCUGAUGGCAAAUCAUGGAGCUACACUUACUUGGAGAAGUCCAUGGUGCUGCUCCUUCACAGCCAGAGACAGUACAUCUUUGAGUUUGACAAGAAUGACCGGUUGUCAUCAGUGACCAUGCCCAACGUUGCCCGUCAGACUUUAGAGACCAUUCGGUCCAUUGGUUACUACAGGAACAUUUAUCGGCCACCAGAAGGCAACGCUUCAGUAAUUCAGGAUUUCACAGAGGACGAGCAGCUCCUCCACACUUUGUACUUGGGUACGGGGAGACGUGUCAUCUACAAGUAUGGAAAGUUGUCCAAGUUGGCCGAGAUGCUCUACGACACCACAAAGAUCAGUUUCACUUAUGAUGAAACUGCUGGCAUGCUGAAGACCAUAAACUUGCAGAAUGAAGGGUUCACCUGUACUAUCAGGUACAGACAGAUAGGACCCCUCAUUGAUCGACAGAUUUUCCGCUUCACUGAGGAAGGCAUGGUGAAUGCACGCUUUGACUAUAAUUAUGACAACAGCUUUCGGGUGACCAGCAUGCAAGCAGUCAUCAACGAGACACCUUUACCUAUUGAUCUCUACAGGUAUGAUGAUGUAUCAGGCAAAACUGAGCAAUUUGGUAAAUUUGGAGUCAUUUACUAUGAUAUCAACCAGAUUAUCACCACUGCUGUCAUGACUCACACUAAACAUUUUGAUGCCUAUGGCAGGAUGAAGGAGGUCCAGUAUGAGAUAUUCCGGUCUCUCAUGUACUGGAUGACUGUGCAGUAUGACAACAUGGGGAGAGUGGUUAAGAAAGAGCUGAAGGUUGGCCCUUAUGCGAACACAACUAGGUACUCAUAUGAGUAUGAUGCUGAUGGCCAGUUGCAGACAGUGUCUAUCAAUGACAAACCACUCUGGCGUUACAGCUAUGACCUAAAUGGAAACCUGCAUUUGUUGAGUCCAGGGAAUAGUGCCCGCCUUACACCACUCAGGUAUGACCUCAGGGAUAGGAUUACUAGACUGGGGGAUGUGCAGUACAAAAUGGAUGAAGAUGGCUUCCUGAAGCAAAGGGGCAAUGACAUUUUUGAGUACAGUUCAGCUGGCCUGCUCAUCAAAGCAUACAAUAAAGCUAGUGGGUGGAGUGUGAAGUACCGCUAUGAUGGCCUGGGAAGGAGAGUCUCCAGCAAAACUAGCCAUGGCCAUCACUUGCAGUUCUUCUAUGCAGAUCUGACCAACCCAACCAAGGUCACCCAUUUAUACAACCACUCGAGCUCUGAGAUCACCUCGCUCUACUAUGACCUGCAAGGCCACCUCUUUGCAAUGGAGCUCAGCAGUGGUGAUGAAUUCUACAUAGCCUGCGAUAACAUUGGCACUCCUUUGGCUGUCUUCAGUGGGACUGGCUUAAUGAUCAAGCAGAUACUGUACACAGCAUAUGGGGAGAUCUAUAUGGACACUAAUCCCAACUUCCAGAUCAUUAUUGGCUACCAUGGAGGACUGUAUGACCCCCUUACCAAGCUUAUCCACAUGGGACGGAGAGAUUAUGAUGUGCUAGCGGGUCGGUGGACAAGUCCAGACCAUGAUAUGUGGAAGCAUCUGAGUAGCAAUAACAUAAUGCCUUUCAACCUGUAUAUGUUCAAAAACAACAACCCCAUUAGCAACUCUCAAGAUAUCAAAUGCUACAUGACAGAUGUCAACAGCUGGCUGCUCACCUUUGGGUUCCAGCUACACAACGUCAUCCCCGGCUACCCCAAGCCAGACAUGGAUGCAAUGGAGCCAUCCUAUGAGCUAAUCCACACACAAAUGAAAACACAAGAAUGGGACAAUAGCAAG